ACCGUUACGAAUAUUGAAGCUACAAGAAGUUGAACCCAUAUUAUAUGCAAUGCAUUCGGAUCCCUUAGCUGGGCAUUUCAAUAAAGAGGCAACGUACCAGCGAGUUAUUACCCGAUAUUUUUGGCCACAAAUGGGAAACGAUAUUCGGGAUUAUGUUAA